CCUCAUUCGAAAUACCAAGGAUAAGGGAGAAGAGAGAUCCACACAACCAGGAAAGCAAGAGAAAAGGGAAGUUGCCGCAGGUUCAUUUUCCAGUGCGUUGGUUUGCUUGUUUGGUUCAUAUCUCGAGCUAUACUUAUCCAAAUAAGGCGUGUGAGGUGCCCAAAGAAAUAUCUCAAGAAGAGGAAUCUGUGAAGGUACGUUUUGCAGCGAACGGAGUAGUGGAAGACUUCCAAAUCGUUGAAACAAUACACAACCUCGCAGAAAUGGAUUUGCCUCUUUAUAGAAACGAGUUCGCCGGAAAACACCCAUUCUAGGGGCUGUUUUCGUAUCAACGGUUAGAGGUUGAGCUAGCACUUUGAGAAGGCUGUUUAACACUCAUUUCUAAGCAAGGAAUCAGUUCUCAAACUUCCUUGGCCGAGGCUUUGGUCAUUGGAUCGAGAAGGAAAGUUUUAAAGCUCAUUUGAGGUUGAAGCUAGAGCUUGCUUCUUGUGCUCAUUGCUCAAGUGAUUUCCCCGGAGAGAAGACUUGAUGAUAUGGCUACAAAUUCAGAUAAGUCCACAACAGUUCGAUCAAAUGAGCCACCAAACCCAAAAUCAAGAAAGAGGAAGCAAUGUGAAAUUAAUGCGGAGAGGAAAAAAGAUCUUGGGUAUGUGAGCACUAUAAAAUAAAACCAAAACCAAGCCUCUAAUGCAACAAAAUGAUGAAGGUGUAGAGGUACAAGUUGGCCACACUCAGGCAGUCAAGGUUCUAACACAACAAAAGCUGAUUUGGUUAGCACUAAUGGCACUCGCGGGAAUACAAAAAAAAUCUGGAAAAAGGCGAUGUUGUUUGAUGAUUGGGAAAAGGAGACGGGUACCUUCUCGAUCCUAUGGAAAAAUAUAGUGAUGAAUUUGAUAUCUUGACAUGAUGGAGGCUGAAUGGAAUAAAGUACCCAACCCUACAAGCUAUGGCUAAAGAUAUUUUGGCAAUUCAAGUUAGUAUAGUUGAUUUAGAGUCUAGUUUUAGCACAAGAAAGAGAAUCAUUUAUCCUCACAGGAGUUCUUUAACUCCUAGAUUAGUUGAGGCAUUGAUUUGUCUACAGAAUUAGCUGAAGUCAGAUUCAAUUACGAAUCUAGCGUAUUCUCCUAGUCUUGAGGAAAUGGAGUGGUUUGAGACAACCAAAUAAGGUACCUCACCCAAGAGUUAUUGUAGUGUUUUGAAUUUUCAAUUCAAUAUGAUUCAAGUUUCAAUAUGUAUUGUAUUUAUAUGAUUCACUAUUUGUAUGAUUCGAGAUUCAAGAUUCAAGUUUCAUUUAUUUAUUAUUGAUUAAUGAAGAAUUUGAGCAAGAAGAAAGGGA